UUGUCGUGACAGGUUAAUAAAUUAUUCAGUUCGAAGCAGCAGCAAUCUGAAAAUGUCACAAAUAAACAAUACAUUUUUAAAGCUGCGAGCUCGUUUGCGGGAGCGUGAUAUCAAGUUGUGGGAGGAUCCAUACUAUUUCGAGGGCGUGGGCAGUAUCGAAUCGGAGAUGGAUCGUUUGGCAAGGGACUUGAGUGCAGAACUGAGCAUUGGCAUAUCGGAUUGCCGGAUUGCUCUAAACGAAAUGCAGGAUAGUGCUCUUAGGAAGCUGGAGGCUCGCAAGGAGUUCAAUGACACUGGAUUGGCCACUUUUAAUGUGCGCUGUGUGGACGGCAAAGGUGUCACCUCGAAAAUGAUGGAGAUCAAGUGCUCGCUGGGAGGCUUGGGUUCGGAACUUAAAAAGGAAGUCGCCAAGAAGCUGAAGUUAAAUGAUCCCAAUCAUGUUAAAUGCAUUUCCAAGGGUCGCAUUAUCAAAUCCCACAAGACUUUGGCCUCACAGGGCUUGAAAACCAAUCAACAGCUUAUGGUGAUACUAGGAGGUGAAAACAAGGGUCAGAAGCUGCAUGAACGUAUCCAGAGAAUUCGUGCUGAUGUGGAGAUAAUUGCCGAUGCCGAUCAUCGUUUUAUGGAAAUGGAGGAUCAAGAUGGACGUCCGAUAUUUCUGCCACCCGAUGAAAAUCGAUCUCUAUUGAUGGCCAUGAGCAUGUACGAAGCCUCCAGAGCUGCCAUACGCAGGGAACACUUCGAUGAGGCCCUACUUUUACUUCUCGAGGCCGAUGAACUCUUCUCCCGUUGCAACUCGAACAUUCUGGAAGCGGUGGAUAACUAUGCUCUCAUAAAUCUGGACAUUGUUUGGUGUUAUCUUUGCCUGAAGAGUAUCACCCAGUUACCGGAUGCCCAGAGGCGUUUGGAAAUUUGCGAGAGAAGCUUUUUCAAGAGUUACGGCGAGCAGUUUAGUCGUUUAUAUUCGAUGAAAGGUACCAGUUGUCCAGAAAGAGCUUUAAUUAUGCGCCUUCAUCUCCUACAAGGUGUUCUCUUUUUUCACCAAAAUCGCCGCGAUGAGGCCUAUGAGAAAUUGGAAGAGGCUACCAAGGAUUUGGAUGAGUUAAGGGUCAAUGAAUAUCAGCUUACGACACUAAUGGAAAUGGGAUUUAAGGAAUCGGAUGCUCGUUUGGCUUUAAGAUCCUGUGCUGGCAAUGUGGAUAGAGCCAUACAGUUUAUUCAGGAACGUGUGGAGAAAAUCACUGAAGAACGCAAGAACUCGGCUCCAGCGAAGCGGGUAAAUCUAGAAAUGCGUGAGGCGAAUUCUGGUGGAGAAUGGGUGGAUCCCCGUAGUGUUUGCAGACUCAUGGAGAUGGGAUACGAAAGGCGUUUGGUUGUGGAGGCCUUGAAGAGAACCGAAAAUAAUCUAGAUCGCAGUUUGGAUCUUCUACAGCGCCAUUCCGAUGAUCUUAGGGCCAAUUUACCCGCAACACCUCCAGUCGAUGAAUCUCUACUUUCUACUCUUCAACAACUUGGUUUCCCAGCCUCAUCCGCUCAAGCUGCUUUGGAAACCACUGAUAAUGAUUUUCGUAAAUCCAUAGAAUUCCUAUUGAAAAGUUUCGUCAGCGAGGAUGAACUACUAGGUGUUAUUGAAGCCAUGACUAAGUUACUAGAAGAUCUCGGACCUUCGGGUUCCAAUAGAGAAAAUAACAAUAACUCCACUCCUUUGGUAAACCUAUCUACCAGCAAGAUAAACUUGAUCAAGUCGGUUCUUAGCCAGGCAAAGUCAGAGAUGGAAUCGUACAAGGCAUUCAAAAGAGUCAACGACGAGUUCUCCGAAAUCAAUUCUCACUAUUUGGACAUGAAGCUAGUGCAGGAAGAGCAAGUCCUGAUCGAGUAUAGAAGUCUGCUGGAGCGUUGAUUUCUUUAUACACAGAAAUUAUGUAAAUUUUGGAAUUUUCCAAAAUAUUUUUAAUCGCAA